GGGUCACCCACAGCCACUUGAUCCCCAUUUUGCACUCCAGUCAUUUCUUCUUCUGUUUCUGUUUUCGGCCAUACGCGGCUACGCCCUUACCUUAAUGAACAACGAAGCAGUGAUCGAGUUUUUAGGCAACGUUCCGUUGCUGCAGAGAUUGCCGAGUUCUUCGUUCAAGAGAAUAGCUGAACUCGUUAGUUUUAAGCACUACGAGAAAGGAGAUUUUGUCGUUCGGGAAGGAGAAGUUGGAGACGGAAUAUAUUUUGUAUGGGAAGGAGAGGCUGAAGUAUCCGGAUCAGUCCAUGCUGAAGAAGGAAACCGACUUGAGUAUAUAUUGAAAAGAUAUGAUUACUUUGGCCAUGUUAAUCCCACAUCGGAGCACGUGGCAGAUAUAGUUGCUUUAACUAAGCUGACCUGCCUGUUUCUACCUCAUGAGCAUUGCACUUUGCUUCAGUCAAAAUCUAUCUGGAGCACAGAUAAGACGAAUGAGACCUGUGCACUUGUGGAAAGUAUAUUGCAUUUGGAGCCAAUAGAAUUAAAUAUAUUCCAAGGGAUAACUUUGCCAGAUGCACCCAAAUUUGGUAAAGUUUUUGGAGGACAAUUGGUUGGACAGGCGCUGGCUGCUGCAUCAAAAACUGUUGAUUCUCUUAAAAUUGUCCAUAGUUUGCACUCUUAUUUUCUUAUGGUUGGGGAUUUUAAUAUACCUAUAAUAUAUCAAGUUAAUCGUCUACGUGAUGGUAGAAAUUUUGCUACCCGUAGAGUAGAUGCAAUACAAAAGGGAAACACCAUAUUCACAAUAUUAGCAUCCUUUCAGAAAGAAGAAGUAGGGUUUGAUCAUCAAGAAGCAAUGAUGCCAUCUGUGCCAGCUCCAGAUGGGCUUCUGUCAUUGGAUGAGAUACGAGAAUCACGUCUCACUGAUCCCCGUCUUCCUAUGAGUUACCGGAAAAAGGUGGCCACAACAAAAUUUGUUCCUUGGCCCAUAGAGAUAAGGUUUUGUGAACCUAACACUAAUACAAACCAGACUAAAUCUGAACCAAGUCUGAGGUAUUGGUUUAGAGCCAAAGGAAAGCUUUCAGAUGAUCAAGCUUUGCAUAGAUGUGUAGUGGCUUUUGCUUCUGAUCUGAUGUUUAGUGGUGUUAGUUUGAACCCACACCGCAGAAGAGGUUUUAAGUCAGCUUCCCUUAGCCUGGACCAUUCGAUGUGGUUCCAUAGGCAAUUUAGGGCUGACGACUGGUUAUUAUUCGUGAAAAAAAUUGUUCAUGGAACCAAUGUCACACAGAUUGCAAGUCCUACGGCCUGUGUCACUCGUGGUUUUGUUUCAGGCCAAAUGUUCAACAGAAAAGGAGAGCUUGUUGUGUCAUUGACUCAAGAAGCACUGCUUAGGAUGGCUAGGCCCCCAACGCCUUCAACUGUCUCGAAGCUUUGAACGACCGUGUAAUAUUAAAAUAUUUAAUAAUGUAUUAACCUUUUUGGUCAAAUUUGAUGACCUUUUGGCCUUAAGGACUCUUCGACAUGGAAAAACACCCCCUCAGGUAAAUGCUCUUUCCGACAGCAAUAAGCCUGUAGGAGGUUCUCAAGUAUGGGAAAACCGCCAACUCCUAAAAUAUUUCGACCACAUCAUAAAUCUGGACAUUGUGUGAUUUUACAUGGUGCCGGGCUAGUGGGGUAGUUGUAGAUGGGACACUUUAUGUUAUACUUGUUAUAGUGAGGUCCAAUCGGGAGACUUCUACCAUACAUGAUUUGAAGAUCUUGUAGUUUUUCCUAUUUUUGCUUGCCUCGUUACACAUUAUUU